AAUUAGCAUAAAAAUAUGGGUUCAUUAUAUAAGAUGUCAUGUCUUGACAACUCGUGUUUGUCACAAGGGAUAGCGGGGACGCGACAUCGAAUCCAUCUACGUCUUUCCGACUCUGGAGCAGGCGUAACUCCGUUGACAUUCCGACGUUACGUAUUUAAGAUGAUACUUGAGGAAUUAAUCGGGGCUUUCAUCAUUAUCCUAAGCAUUGUAUACAUUUAUUAUAAAUAUGUAAUAUUUAAUUUUUGGCACAAGAAAGGGGUUUUUUAUAUCAAACCCAUUGUACCAAUUGGAAAUAUAUUACCUCUCGUAACUGGAAAAACGCAAGUAGGAGUAUUCUUCCAAGAUGCCUACCAAAAAUAUAAGGAACAUCGCUGUUUCGGAAUGUAUGCAUUUUUUAAACAGAAUUUAGUAAUCACCGAUCUCGACCUUAUGCGAACGGUAUUGAGUAAAGGAAUACAGUAAAGGAAUUCAAGUCUUUUCAUGAUCGUGGACUGUAUUCUAACGAAAAUAUUGAUCCACUGAUCAACCGUUUGUUUUAUACUGGGAAAAACUGGCUAAAUAUACGCGCCAAAAUGUCAUCAACAUUUACUGCAGGAAAAAUGAAGCAGAUGUUUGUCAUAGUUAAGCAAUGUGGCGAAGAACUUGCAAAGCAUCUAGAGAAAAAUGCUCAAAUGGGAGAUACCGUCGAAAUGAGAGAUAUAUUAACAAGGUUUACGAUUUGGCUACUUGCAAUCAAAAAUUGGGCUUGUGAGUCUUCUAUCAAAAUA